AUGGCAGAAUUGGCUGCACCUAAAGUUAACAAAAGCGUAGUCCUUGAACCUAGACGAAACGAAACAAUUCUACCUGUUAAAGGCGAGAGGAACAUUCUCAUUACCAGUGCACUCCCAUAUGUUAAUAAUAUCCCGCAUUUAGGAAACAUUAUUGGAAGUGUGUUGAGUGCUGAUGUAUUUGCAAGAUAUUCUCGUGCUCGUCGAUACAACACGCUUUUUGUAUGUGGCACAGAUGAGUAUGGGACCGCUACAGAGACAAAGGCAAUCGAAGAGGGAAUCACCUGUCAAGAACUCUGCGACAAGUAUUACGUGCAUCAUACUGAAGUAUAUGAGUGGUUUGACAUCGGAUUCGAUUAUUUUGGUAGAACUACUACUAGUCAACAAACUCGAAUUGCUCAAGAUAUCUUUUUAAAGCUUCAUAAAAAUGGAUAUCUAGUAGAGGAUACUAUGACUCAAUUAUAUUGUGAACAACAUGAACGUUUUCUUGCAGAUCGUUUCGUUGAAGGAACUUGCCCAAAAUGUGGUUAUCUAGAUGCACGUGGAGAUCAAUGUGAUUCUUGCGGUCAACUACUGAACGCAAUUGAGUUAGUAAACCCGCGGUGUAAAUUGGAUGGUAGCACACCAAUCACCAAAGAAUCCAAGCACAUGUUUCUAGAUUUAUCAAAUUUACAAGAAGCCACCGAAACGUGGGUACAAAAAGCCAGCGUGGAAGGGAAAUGGACGGCGAAUGGGAUCAGUAUUACACAGUCUUGGUUGAAAGAGGGGUUGAAGCCGCGAUGUAUCACACGUGAUUUGAAGUGGGGCACCCCUGUUCCAUUGGAAGAGAUGAAAGAUAAAGUUUUCUAUGUCUGGUUUGAUGCUCCUAUUGGUUAUCUCUCGAUAACGGCAAACUAUACGGAAAAUUGGGAGCAAUGGUGGAAAAAUCCCGAGGACGUGAAAUUAUAUCAAUUCAUGGGAAAAGAUAAUGUGUCUUUUCAUACUGUCAUCUUUCCAAGUUCAUUAAUUGGUACGAAUGAAAAGUGGACGCUACUUCAUCAUAUCAGCACAACCGAAUAUUUGAAUUAUGAAAAUGAUAAAUUUUCGAAAUCACGUAAUAUCGGGGUAUUUGGUAAUAAUGCCAAAGAUACCGGAAUUCCUGUAGCCGCUUGGCGUUACUACUUGAUUUCCAGCCGUCCAGAAACCAACGACGCCAUGUUCACAUGGAAAGAAUUCAUUGCAAAAAAUAACAACGAAUUACUCGCUAAUCUGGGAAAUUUUGUAAAUCGCGUAAUAAAAUUCACCGUAGCAAAAUACAACAGCCAAGUACCAACGUACUCGACGCACGAUACUCCUGAGAAAACAUUACUCGAAACGGUAAACACCCAACUCGCACUAUACAUCCAAACUCUUGACAAUGUAAAACUUCGUGCAGGGCUCGACAUCGCCAUGGAAAUAUCACGAAUCGGAAACCAUUAUCUGCAAGAUGCGAAACUGGACAACACACUUUUUGAGAAAAAUCCCGCAAAAUGUGGUACCGUGAUUGGCGUCACGUUAAAUUUAAUUUAUUUGCUUUCGGCUAUUUUUUCUCCUUAUAUGCCCUCGACUAGUGCUUCUAUCUUGAGACAACUGAAUGCCCCGCCGAGAAAUAUUCCAGAUGAAUGGACUCUGGAUAUUUACGAAGGGCAUCAAAUUGGGAAGCCAGAGUAUUUGUUUAAGCGAAUUGAAGAUAAAAAGGAAGAAGAAUUUCGUCGAAAGUUUGGAGGCGGAGCAACAGCAUCCGGUGUUUCCACAAAGAAAGGCGGAGGCAAGAAAAAAAAAUAG